GCAGUUGAUCCAAGUAAUCUUUUUCCGAAGAACAUUUUGCCUUGGGUAUAAAUUAAAACUAUUGAGGUAUACAAUGUAUGGAAAUGAAAACGUUGAUCCAUCGACCACUUUUUCCAAUAUCAAAUUUCGCCAUAGAUGGUUAAGCAGUUAAUAGAUAAACUGGUUGGUGGAAAAAAGUGUAUAAUAGAAAAAAUGGUUCUAGGUAAAGCAUGCAAUUUGAUAAAAGUGGUGUCAAUUGUUAUCCCAUUAUUAUAGUAUGAGUUUUUGUUGCGGUGUUAUGUGAUAUUCAUCAAUUAAUAUUUAAUAAUAUAAAACAAAUAUGAAAACUAUAUUAAACUUUUUAUUACAAGAGUACAUUUAUUUUCUGUGGGAUGUGCUUAUUCUUCGUUUUAAUAAGUUUCAAGAUUACGUACUCUCAUUUAAAAAACGCCCAAAUAUAAGUUGUUCUUCGAACAGAGAUAAUGAGUUCGAAGUGACUGAACAGUCUGAAACUUUUAUUCGAGUUAAUAAAAAUGCUGAAACAUAUGAUGAUCUUAAUGAACAGUUAAUCAAUUUAUUUAAAUGUCCUGUAUGUCUUGGACAUAUAACACCUCCUAUACAGCAAUGUUUUAACGGUCAUAUUAUUUGUCAAUCGUGUAAUCUAAUGUGUCGUUUCUGUCCGAUAUGUACAUCUCGUUUUAUUGCAAAGCGUAACUUGUGCAUGGAAAAAGUCAGUUAUUUAUUGAAAUAUCCGUGUAAAAACUCACAAACUGGAUGCACUGAAAAGAUGUUAAUAGCACAAAAAGUGCUACACGAACAAGAUUGUGAAUUUCAAUAUUACUCUUGUUUUUUCGAUAACUGUUCUUGGGAAGGAAAAUAUUCGGAUAUCCAUAUACAUAUGACAUAUGAACAUUGUCGUAGCUCACUUUUUGGAGAAGAACAGGCUCUUGAAAUACCUACAACUUGGAAUACUAAUGGAUUGUGUAAAAAAUGGUUUCUUACUACUCAUUAUGAACAUUUUGGUAUUCUUGUAAAUGGUUCACCAAAUGAAAUGAAUGUACAAGUAUAUUAUAUUGGAAAUUUAACGAAAGCAAAAACCUUUUACUUUACAAUCAAGUUAAGUAAUUUUCAAGCCGGCGGUGUAUCACAAGAAUUAACUUUUUCUGGACCGACAAUUCCAUAUUAUGUAGGAACAGGUAAAAAUAUUUCUCUAUCAAAAAAUGCAAUCUGUUUAUCAAAAGAAAUAUUAAGAUGCUAUGUCAAUAAAAAAAAAUAUAGUUUACAUAUCGAUUUAAACAUUAAAAGUAAUUCUAAUUCAAUACCUUGACAUAUAUUAUGUGUUUUUAUAAAAUAUGUAUUUGU